ACUUUUGAGUCCGAGAGUCGACACUUAUUUUUAUUUAUUAUGCUUCUCUGCGUAAGUUGUAGCAUUUAGUCUACAGUUUUCAUCCGACAACUUUAUAUAUAGAUUAACUCGUCACAACUAUCGAUCCUUAUCACUGGACAGAGUGCUAUUGUUCAUCGUUUAAAGAGGAGAACAAACUUUUUUGAUUCGCAAUUAAAAGAAAGGCAGAUUUUAUCACAACAUUAGAGUUUCAAGAAUUGAAUUGAAUCGAGUCUUACGAUCUUCUCAUGAAAUCAACGACAACAAUUCCAUCAAUUCCACUUGGAUGAACUGUACACAAUUGCUGACCAAGCAAAAGUACGGAGUGGCUGCGUUCCUUGGCGUUUGUGAUGGAAUAUAUGCAAGUACGUGCCUGCAUAUGUAGCGUCUUGUUGAGAAGAUCUUGACUUGAGAGUUGUAUCAUCCUUGGUUAGAGAGUGAGAGAGAGAGAGUGAGGUAAAGAGAGAGACCUCCCUAAAGGCACCCAUUCCUUGGACAGUAGGGAACCUGACCCUACAUACAGAUCAUCAACAAUUGUUGUCCGUGAUUGUAUAAAACCAACGUGUAAAAAGUGCCUGCAGUUCAUUCCAGUCUACUUCGGCCCUCCAGACCGCUUGUCGCCCACUCCAGUGAUCCGUGGGACUUUAUUAGUUAAUUCCAUCUCACAUAUCGCCAACAGUGCUUUUACACAUUUCUUGACCAUUGUUGUAAUUGUUGUUUGUUGGUGUUGCAAAUUAAAGGAACGGAGAAUCGUCUCAAGUACGUGGAAGGUGUAAAAUUAAAAGAAGAUAAAUUACACCAACCAAAUUAACGUGUCGUCUAUUAAUUUCUCAUACCCGUGCCUUGUGCAUAAUUCUCAAGUGUGUGCUGCUCACCUUCUCUCAUUCUAAUCUUGAAGUUUAUAAUAGAAAUUUUUAUGAUUGACUUUUAUGAACUAUUGCGUUCACUGGAGUUAAUGGAAGUAGAAAAUUUGUGCCAAUAAGCUGUAAGGACGACAGAAAAUUAUAAUCACUGCAAUUAAAUUGUGUUGUUGCCAACAAAUUACUGUGCCAUCGUGUGCAAUCGUGCCUUAAAAAAUUUGUGAAAAUGAUGGCUGUAUCCAGCUCGCUCAAUAUCCGUCCAAUAUUUUCAACCGGUUAUCCUUUCCAAGGUCAAGGAAGGGUGAACCAACUGGGUGGCGUGUUUAUAAACGGUCGUCCACUCCCCAACCACAUUCGUCUCAAGAUUGUGGAAAUGGCGGCGGCGGGUGUGAGACCUUGUGUAAUUUCUCGACAGCUUCGAGUCUCUCAUGGGUGCGUGUCCAAGAUAUUGAACCGAUAUCAGGAGACGGGGAGCAUUCGACCAGGAGUGAUCGGAGGGAGCAAACCACGCGUCGCAACCCCAGAGGUGGAGACUAGAGUAGAAGCGUACAAAAGCGAUAACCCUGCUAUAUUUUCCUGGGAAAUUCGCGAUCGCUUGAUCAAAGACGGCAUUUGUGACAGAAGUUCAGCCCCUUCCGUUAGCUCAAUCAGCCGUGUUUUACGAGGUAGUGGUGGAGCAACCUACAUGAAGAAAGAAGACAUUUAUGACUACAAGAAUCAAAAGGACCACAGCAUCUCCAACAUACUUGGAGGAGACUUAUCCGGUUCCAUGGACGAUUCUGAUACUGAAAGCGAGCCAGGAAUUCCUCUAAAGAGAAAACAACGUCGAAGUCGCACAACUUUCACCACCGAGCAACUUGAGGAACUUGAGAAAUCCUUCGAGAGGACCCAAUAUCCAGAUGUUUAUACCAGAGAGGAGCUCGCACAGCGCACCAAGUUGACCGAAGCCCGUGUCCAAGUUUGGUUCAGCAACAGACGAGCCCGAUGGCGCAAACAGAUGGGCAACUCGUCGUCAGGAAGUUCUCAUCACCAUCACCACCACCCCUCCAACUCGGGCUACAGUCCUCUUCCCCUCCCGUAUCCCCCCGCAGCAGUCGCAGUGGCAGCCGCAGUAGCAGCUUCCGCUUCGUCCAGCGCAUCCAGUGGGUCUGGUUCUUCACCGUUGGGCGGAGGUCACGGGUCAGCCGUGAGUUAUGGAGGAGGCGGAAAUUACAAUAACCACGAAAAUAUUCAAUCUUCAAAUGCAUCAUCUUGUCAUCCAAAUUCUCAAACGGCUCAUUGGGCGAACGGAGGAAGAUCCUCACAUCUCCUUCCUCAGAAUCACUUUGGGUCUUCAGAGUCGCAGAUGAUGAGUUUCUUGUCAGGAAAUUCGUCAAAUAUGUCCGAAUUUGGGGGACAUGGGACAUCCACCAACUCGCAUUCCACAUCUGGAGGAAACAACAACAACGGUGGCAAUGGAGGCGGGGCGGAGAGUUGGCCAACUACUUGGAACACUUCCCAUCAAUUCACCUCUGACAAUUACACCAGCAUGAUGGCCGCCAACAUUUCCGCCAACAAUGAAAUGUUUGCUACAUCCGUAUUGCCUUAUCAUCACCAUCAUCAUGGUCAUCCUAACGGGCUCGCUCAAUUUGGGUCAUCUGCCACCAAUAUGUACAAAAACUAUGCCGUCUCAAAGAAUCCUCAGCCCAUCGGUCUCUUUUAAUGAAGUGCCAUUGUAUUUGUAAGAUUUAAGAAAAGUGUCAAUUAUUUAUGUAUAUUCAUCAAUUAAAGUAUUAGUAUUUUUCGAUAGCAGAAUUAGUCGUAAUCCUUCCUGGAUUUGUAUCAACCGAUAAAUGAUUUGGUAUAGGAUUCAACUGUAAAGAAUAGUGGGAACUCACCAAGUAUCACACUUUGUAUUUUAUUAUAUGUAGCGAAACGUUGAACCAGAAUCGAGUGAAUAUAUAUCGAAACUAAUAAUAACUAGUGUUAUAAACUAAAGUUGAGAUUUUAAUAACAUAAAAUGUUGUAAGUAUUUCUAAUAUUAUUAACAUUUUCACUAGUGCCAAAAUGUUUAUCAUAACGAUAAUGCGUCAACUCACAAUGUUGACUGCUUGUUUCCUAAUAAAGUAUUAAAGCUGGUUUAGUGUAAUCAGUGUAUUUUUUCAGUA